GAAACAGCGUCUUUCGAUUUCUGUGUUUGUGGCUUGGAAUUCACACAUUUUUUCUAAAUUGUUUUUAUUGUACAAAUUAGCUAUAACAAUGUCCUUUGACGCGAUACCCAAGGAUCUUAGGGGUCUGCGUGCCUGCCUAGUUUGUUCACUGGUUAAGAGUUUUGAUCAAUUUGAGACAGAUGGCUGUGAAAACUGCGAGGAAUUUCUGCGGAUGAAGAACAACAAGGACAACGUUUACGAUCACACUAGUAACAACUUUGACGGAAUUGUUGCCCUUACCACACCCACCGACUCCUGGGUGGCCAAAUGGCAACGGUUAACUCGUUUUCAUCGAGGUAUCUAUGCUAUCUCCGUAUCCGGCACCUUGCCGCAAUCUACUAUGCGGGAAAUGAAAAACCGCGGCAUUGUCUACAAAACUCGCGACCGAAGCCAGCGCUAAUGAAAUAGAAGUUUUUUCGUACAAAAUACAUGUAGAUCUUUAUUUUUAAGUUAUAACAAAACCACAAAUACAUACAAUAGCAAUACAAAACGAGA